CGCAGGCAGCAGAGGUCGGCUGUGAAGUGGGGUCGCUGCUUGGUGCGGGAAAAAACAUUAAAUCUGUUACAAAGCCUGGAAGAUACUGUGAAGAAUCAUGGAAGAUAAAAGACAAAGAGCUAGAGUACAGGGUGGCUGGGCUGGUCCUGUUCAUACAAGAAUACCCUCUCGGGCAGCUUCUGGGGUUUCCAGUACCAGUAAUGCUAUUUCAAGUACUGCACAGUCCCAGGCGAGAAGAGAGAAGCAGAUUCCAUCUGAAAGGCAGUUUGUUUUUAAAGCACCGGAAGAGGUGGUGCGAAAAGUCCCAGAGCCCAUAAUCAUUGAGAAAGAGGGGCAGCAUGAGAUCAGCACGUUGCCAUCAGGCAUAUCUCGAGUUCGUUUGAUCCCUGGCUUCAUUGAUUCAAAAGAAGCUGACUGGAUAUUUGAGCAGCUCCUCCAAGAGGUUCACUGGACGCAGAGAACACACAGCAAACAAGAUUUAUCUUAUGAGGAACCCAGACUCACAGCAUGGUAUGGUGAACUUCCAUACACUUACUCUCGACUGACGUUGAAGCCAAACCCUAAUUGGCACUCACUGCUGAUCAUGCUGAAGGAUCGCAUUGAAGAGAUUACUAAACGCACAUUCAAUUCUCUGCUCUGCAAUCUGUAUCGAAAUGAAAAGGACAGCGUGGACUGGCACAGUGAUGAUGAGCCCGCUCUGGGAAGGAACCCUGUCAUUGCUUCACUCAGCUUUGGUGCCACUCGGAUGUUUGAGAUGAGAAAGAAACCCUUACCCGAAGAGAAUGAAGACUACACUUAUGUGCAAAGAGUGCGUGUGCCACUGGAUCAUGGGACUUUGUUAAUGAUGGAAGGAGCUACUCAAGAAGACUGGCAGCAUCGUGUACCCAAGGACUAUCACUCCAGGGGAGCUCGGAUAAAUUUGACAUUUAGGACAAUGUAUCCAGACCCAGAAGCAAUGUGAACUUGAAUGAAGGCAUCUGUGGUACUGUUGACUUUAUGCUGAUCCACAAGGUGAAUGCUGGUUUGGGAGAGGCAUCCCUGAUGGAUUCAGAGUUCUACUGCCUAACAUCAAAAGGCAAGAAGAAAAGGGCUGAUGUAAUGAGAACCUGUGAUGAUUGCAAGCUCCCAGUGAUGUGUGGGUACCUUUUUUCCCAAGAUGGUUUGCAAAGAUGUGAUGCUCAAUGGCAAUCAGUUUUGUUUUAUUGAAAAGAAACAAGUUGCUUUCUCUUGUCAAGCACUAAUCCCAGUAUGACAAGUUUGAAUCAAAGAUCUGAGUUUGCUAUAUGUGAAUGGUACUUUUAAAUAGAUGUUCCCCUGGGACAGUUGAGAGUCUGUGUCUUGGCAAAGCAGUGAUCCUGUUAUUUUUUGUUUAUACUGUGCUAAAUAAAACAACACUUGUCUUACA